AUCCCCCAAGCGGCCAGCAGGAAUAUCACCAAAUUAGGUGCGGUUCCGUCUCGCAGGACUGCUGCAAUUAAAAACGUAAACAAAUCAUGUCUCAUCAAACCGGAAUACAAGCAAAUGAUGAGCUGAAGACUUACUUUUCCAAAUGCAGGAAUGGUAAAAUAAGGCUUCUCAAAGUGAUCAUAGACAAUGAGCAACUGUCGCUGGGCAACUGCAAACCUCUGGAUGGAAGCUGGGACAAGGAUUUUGACAGGUUCCUCACACCUGUUAUUGAGGAAAACAAUCCGUGCUACAUUUUGUACAGGUUGGAUAGUAAAAACUCCAUGGGUCAUGACUGGAUCUUGAUCAGCUGGUGCCCAGACACCGCCCCCAUCCGGCAGAAAAUGCUGUAUGCAUCCACAAAGGCCACACUGAAACAGGAGUUCGGCACUUCUUUAAUCAAGGAUGAGAUUCAUGGCACUGUUUUGUCUGAUGUAACUUUCAAUGGUUACAUGAAGCACUUACAAACUGGCGGAGCUCCAGCACCUCUUACGUCCAGAGAGGAAGAAUUACUGGAGAUUAAGAAGUCGGAGAUUAACACGGACGUCCAUAUAGAUACAAAGCAUCAAACGCUCGGCGGAGUGCUGUUUCCCAUUUCCGACGAAGCCAAGAACGCCAUCAAGCAGAUGUCUUUAGGUGUAUACGAUUAUCUUCAACUUAAAAUAGAUAUUAGCGAGGAGAAGGUGCAUUUGGUCACGGCCGAGAACUUAAAACUGGACGAGAUGAUCUCGAAGGUUCCCAGCGAAAGCGCUCGCUACCACUUAUUCAACUUCAAGCACACUCACGAACGAGAUUUCCUUGAAAGCAUUGUUUUCAUUUACUCCAUGCCCGGUUACAAUUGCUCAAUCAAAGAACGCAUGUUAUACUCCAGUUGUAAAGGACCUUUGACGGACACGAUCAUCAGCUGGGGCGUAAACAUUGCUAAAAAGUUGGAAAUUGAUGAUCCAACAGAACUAUCGGAACAGUAUUUGUACGAAGAGCUGCACCCAAUCAAGAACCUCCAGAAGCCGAAGUUCUCGAAGCCAAAGGGUCCACCCAGUCGAGGCCCGAAGAGACUCACGAAGACGGCCGAUCAGUAACUUGCCUUUUUACCACAAUUCCUAAUUACCACCAUUAUCGUUCUCUCUCUCUCUCUCUCCUUUUCGUUUAGUUCCCUCAGUUUUUUUUUUAUUAAUAAUUUUCUUUUUUUUUGGUUAUUUCCACGCGAAUCGCAAUCUUCCAAAGUUAAACGAAAAACGCGGAAUCACUAUUAAUUUAUAGUAAGAGACGAUUGAAUGUUUGGUUUCUUGUCGCCAGGGACGCAAUUUCCCGUGCUCAAAAUUACCGGUAAUAUGCGGACUUUCGCAUACCUAAAUCUACUAUUAACUAUAUGUUUUAAUCUGAUACAUAUUAAUAUUUACAUCCGUAAUUUACUGCACUAUUUUUUAUAUUUAUUAUAUAUUAAGUGUAUCUUCUAUGCGAGCGGCAUUAUUUAUUGUUGAAACGUAAAUUUUAUAUAUCAUUAUUAACGAUAAGAUCGUAACGUUUUGAAGUACGAAGAGAUGCGAACAUAUGAUGUUUUUUUUUUUUAAAUCGUAGAUGAUGUAACUAUUCAUUAAAAUGAAAUAAUCUAUUAACAUUUGUAUUGAUGGAUGGAAACGGCUUUCAGACUGCGUUUUUGAAGCGCAGGGACCAAAAUUAUAUACGAACAAAAAAUCUAA